AUGAUACAACUAACGUCUCGUUGGUCGCUAUUAGCGAGCCGUUGUGCGCUCAAGCCGAACAUACUUGUCCUUUCUCGCGUUUCCAUUGCCGGUUUACGCUGUUGUGGUGGUGUCGGAACUCGUCAACUACACAGAUCAAGCACAUUACUGCAACACCAGGGGCAACCACCACUGCAUGAAGAACUCAAACUAGCUCACGAACGUGCGAGAGUAGACAAACUAGUCAAGGCCCGCGAAGAACGACAACGAUAUAGAAACAGAACCGCCACAUACUACGCAGCCUCGCUCGGGAUUGUGUUUUUGGCAUUGGCGUUCUCAGCAGUGCCCAUAUAUAGAGCCAUAUGCCAACGUACCGGCUGGGGAGGCAUACCCAUAACGGACAGCUCAAAGUUCACUCCCGAUAAGCUUAUCCCGGUGGAUACAAACAAGCGGAUCCGGGUGCAAUUCACAUGUCAGUCCUCAGGUAUCUUGCCCUGGAAAUUCACUCCGUUGCAACGCGAGGUCUACGUGGUGCCGGGUGAGACUGCCUUGGCGUUUUAUCGCGCUAAAAACAUGAGCAAAGAAGAUAUUAUUGGUAUGGCGACCUACUCGAUCACCCCUGAGAAUGCCGCGGCGUAUUUCAACAAGAUUCAGUGUUUCUGCUUUGAGGAACAGCGGUUGAGCGCCGGUGAAGAAGUCGAUAUGCCCGUUUUCUUCUUUAUCGAUCCCGAUUUCGCCAAGGACCCCGGCAUGAGGAACAUCGAUGACAUCGUUUUGCAUUAUUCCUUCUUCAAGGCUGCCUAUUCUGAAGGCGAGUUGGCUGCUGUGCCUGCUGCUGCUGCUCCUGUUGGAAGUGCCGAAGUCAAGGUUUCAAUUACCUAG